AUGAAAAAUUAUCGUGGAGUUAUUCUCGACCUCAUCUUUACUUCCUCUCCAGACACUAAAGUGUCUAUUGCUGAUGAUGAGAUCAUCCCACAUGAUAUGAAUCAUCAUCCACCAUUAUCUUUCGUGAUCAAUUUCCAGAAGACUUGUGCCAACUUGAACUCCUCUUCGUCAAGUUAUAACUUUAGAAAAUGUGACACUAAUUCUGUGUUUGCGUGGCUUCAAAGCUUAUCCUACCCAUCAGUCUCUCAGGUGGAAGCUGAACAACACUUUGUGACAUUCUGCAAUAGCCUUGCUGAAGUCGUCAAAAUCAACUGUCCUGUAAAGACAGUGAGAAGAUCAGCUUUUCCUGCCUGGUUUGGCUCUGAACUAGAGAGACUGGUGAUCCAGAAGAAAAUAAUGCACAAAAGGUUCAAGACAACCGGUGAGAUUUUCUUCUACGAGGAAUUUAAGUUGCUCAGGAGGCAAUGCAAAAUACUUGCGGCAGAUUCUUAUUACAGAUACACUGAAUUUCUGGAAUCUUCUAUUCCUAAUAAUAUAAAAGUAUUUUGGUCUCAUAUCAACAAUCUUAAAACGUCAACCUCACCGUCUUGUUUGAAAUACAACGGUAUUGAAGCAGAGGACCCUGUGUCACAGUGCGAACGUUUUGCAGAUUUCUUCUCGUCGGUGUAUACUAACUUGUCAUUUCCCUCUAGUACUUUCGAUCUAGACACAAACUGCAACCUAUAUAGCCUCACCUUAUCUGCUCAGGAGGUUGAAGCGAAGCUCAAUACCCUGGAUCCCAACAAGGGUAUGGGUCCUGAUCUCAUACCUCCAGCAGUAGUAAAGUACUGCAGUCCUGUUUUAGCACCUAUCCUCGCUGUAUACUUCAACUUACUGCUGAAGAAUGGCACUUAUCCAGCUAACUUAAAACUUAGUUUCAUAAUACCCAUCUACAAAUCUGGUGCUAGAACUGAAGUUACAAACUACAGGCUCAUAGCCAUUCAACCUGUGUUUGCCAAAUUAUUUGAGAGCCUUGUCCUAGAUAAGCUUGCGUUUGACCUGAAACAUACAAUAGUCAAUGAACAGCACGUGUUCCACAGUGGAAUGUCCACUGCAACAAAUCUAAUCUUACUCUAA